CAGCAAUACAGAAGACAAUUCAUCUCUCCAUGUCGAUGAAAAACAACAAGGGUAGUUUCUGGUUUAAUUGCCAGGAUAUUCAGAGAGUAUGCGAAUAUGACACCCAAUAAUAGUCUAUCAUGAGUCAUGAAUAUAGAAAAGGACGGCUUUUCCGCCCUCAAAAAUUGAACGUCGAGGCAUGGAACGCAAAGACCAAGGAAUAGUUUCAAUAUUAGUGAUAUACCUGGAUUGCUUGGUGUAAGAACAAUUGCUCAAUCCAUUGAACAGAAACACCAUGGAUAGCCCAAGAACUUCGAGAUUGUAUCAGAGGAGUAAAAGCUGGGCUUCUGCUACUUUAAGCCCGUUACUGCGGCGAAAAACGUUUCCUUCGCAUCUUGAUAUACCAGGGAAAAACGAAUCUGAAUUGGAAGAAACCGAUAGUCCAGACAGUGCUACUUCCUCAGAUGGAAGAUGGUCCUUUUCUCCAUUACCCAAAAGGAAGUCCAAAAAUGAGAAAAAAGCAUUUUAUAAGCGUUCCAGCCUGAGCAGCCUUCACAUCGAAGACGACGAUCUCGCGCCCCCAGCUUUGACACUAAAAGAUCUUAAGUACAGGGCUGAGCGGUCACACAGUCUCGUGACAACCAAUAAUAAACCUUUAUGGUCACCGACAUUCAAACUAAAAGGAAUAAGAAAAAGAGGUGCAAACAACAUUCUUGUUCACCGGGUUCUUGAGUCGCCGGAACUGAAACUGAACGGAAGUGACAUCAAAAGUGACGAAGAUGAAGUACUUCAAAACAACCCUUACUGUUGUACAGAAGAAACAGACGCUAAUUCUGAAACUCUAGAUGAUGACCCUCCAGAAGUAAAGGCACAUGAACGGCUAGGUGAAGUCCUGUCUAUCCUAAAAGGGGUCCUCAAUCAGUACCAGCCCCUUCAUUCUACUGACAUAUUGGCAGCGGCUGGGACAUUAAUUAAUAAAGUCAAAAGUCACAACUAUGAGAAAUCUGAUAAGGCCCCUGAGGAAUUCUGUGAAUCUAUUGAUCAACUAGCAUUGGCCUUCAGUAGUAGUGUGUCUGACUUUCUGAUGGGCGAUCAAGACAUGCCUAUAUCGGCAUCAAGAGAACAUUCUAGGUCUCUGGAAGACUUUGCUGAUGAUGACGAAGACGAUGAUAUGUAUCAAGAAGAAGAAGAAGAUCUUGAAGAUGAGGAUGAUGAAGACUAUAAAGAAGACAGACGAGUGUCAGAUAAGAAAGAACCAUCUGUUGAUAAAUCAGCCCAGAAGGCCAAUGAGUUGGAUAAGAGGUUAUUUGGACUCGAGCACGGUGUAGACCUGGCGUUACAAAGAACCAAAGUUUGGUCUAAAUAUGCCAAAGAUAUCUCGACGUACCUGGAAAGAAGGGCACACCUAGAGCAAGAGUUUACGAACAAACUUUCAAAGUUGGCCCAAGCAACCAGGACAGCAAUCACUGAGGAACGGUAUCUACCAUUCCAGUCCAUCUACGUGACGUCACUGGAUCAAGACAUCGAGUACGCGGAGAAUUGCACCAAGACUUACAACGCACUUUUGACCUCUAAGUUUCUUGAGCCUUUGCAGACAAGAAGAACGUACCAUGAAAGAAAAAGAAAGGAACUAAAGGAAAGCUGGACAAAAGCUUACAAGAAACUGAACGAGGCCAUUGGCAAACUAGAGAAGGCAAAGCAAUCUUAUUUCAUUAAACAGCAAGAAAUCGAAAAGUUCAAGUCGCUUUCAGACUCCAAAGAUGGCCAGGAACUGUCUGCGUCAUUCACUCGCAUACAAAAAAAGAAACAAGAGGACUUGCGAAAAGCUGACGAUGCAGAGGAGUGGUACAAACAGUGCGUCGGGGAAGCGAACGUCAGACAACGUGAACUGAUGAAGACUAAAAAUCACGUGUUGGUUGAACUGCGUCAGCUGAUUUACCAAUGCGACCAAACCAUGAAAGCGGUAACGUGUAAUUUCUUUCAUAUGAUGAACCUUCAAUCCACUCCUUCGCCCAUCCGUUUCCAGUGUCUAGAAGAAAGUAGUCGAGCGUACGAACCCGGCAGUCAGUUCUCAGACUUCGUUUAUGACCAGCUUACUAGUUCCCAGCCCACAGUGGAGAGAGUGUUUGGCUUUGAACCUUUUCAGCCAAGCAGCAGUGGAAGUUCGGACAGACUAAACCUCAACACUCGAAGCAGCUCAGAAAAUCGACCAAACUCACCAUUCUCAAGCCGUCGAAACCUAAGCCUCAAUAACUCACACCCGCCCUUAAAAGCCUGGGGAAAUAACCUACAUGAGAACUUGAGUGAUGUUGAGAGCACCGGAAGUAAAUCUGCCCCUGUUACGCCAGAGGGGAGCCCCGUAGCUUCAAGACAUAACAACCGUCCUCAUCGAGCUUUGGAUGAAGAUUCAUCAGACGAUUCGUUCAGUGGAAAAGAAACCCGUGCACCUCGCAAGCCUAAAGCUACAGGUCGUAGCGGAACGGGUCCAUUCCAGAACUGCCGCAUGUCAGCAGCAGCGCAGACUCACAAGUUUAAGAAGCUUCGAGCACCUUCCAGGUGUCGUGACUGUGACAGCUAUGUGUACUUUAACGGCGCUGAGUGCGCGGACUGCGGGCUCACGUGUCAUCGGAAAUGCUUAGCAAGAGUCAAGAAUCGUUGUGAUAAAAAGCUCAACGGUCCAGGGAGUCGCGGCUCUAACUAUAAUGUUGGUCGACGCAUGACAACAUUUGGUGUUGAUUUCGACUCUCAUUUACGCGCCACCUUAAAACAUGGCGAGUAUGUACCCUACAUCGUUUCUCAUUGUGUAGACGAAAUCAACGAUAGAGGGCUGCAGUACAAGGGAAUCUACAGAGUAUGUGGAGUGAAAUCUAAAGUCGAAAAAGUUUGUCAGAUUUUUGAAAACAGCAAUGGAAAUGUAGACCUUCAAGACUUUCAACCCCACGUGAUCGCCGCAGUACUCAAGUUAUAUCUCAGACAGUUACCAGAGCCUUUACUGACCUUCAAACUUUACCCAGAAUUCAUCAAAAUCGCACAGAAUGCAUCACAGGAUGAAAGCGGUAGUCUCCAAAGUGAAGACAUCUCGCGCAAACUCCGUGAAGUUGUUGUCAAGCUUCCAAAAGCAAACUUCAAGACAGCAGCCAGGAUUAUUAAUCAUUUGAAACUUGUGGCGGACAACGAUAAGGACAAUCAGAUGUCGGCGAGUAACCUGGGAAUCGUGUUCGGCCCGACGCUUCUACGACCCCGGGAGUCAGCCAACUCGGAUUCUGUUAGUAUGCCAGCGUUAGUCGAUAUGCAACACCAAACGAAAACUGUGGAACUUCUCAUAAAGAACCCAGAGGUAUUUGACGAGCCUGGAGAAGAUGACCCUGCAUCACAAGAAACACCAGUAGAGGAGUUUUCAUCAGUUGAGCGAGACAAGAAUGGAAACGAGGUGGGAAAUGUCUGCAGUACAAGACCUAAAGAUAUAAAGAUUCCAACGACCCAGGUGACCACAGACGAUAGAAGCUCACUACUCAACAUUCCUGUUUCUUCUAAACGCUUACGUAAAUCUAGUUCGCCUGCCAAACUUGGUUCUCAAAUCACUCCAGUUCCACGAUCUGCCUACGUUACCUCUCCUCCAGCAUCGUCCCCGAGAAAUGAAUACUUUGAUUUACUUUCAAGGCCAAAUGAAAGACCUGAGAACGAAAGAGCUCAACAGUAUGCAUUACCUGAGUUCUUACUUCCGGGUACCACUGCGGAACAGGAAGACCAAGACGAAGAGGAUGAUAAAGACGUUGAUGACAGCUAUGACGAUAGCACUCAAGGUACCAGUGGCUCUCGUACACCGGACGACGAGUUAAACAGUUUAAGGGGAAGCCUGGGACGAGAUGGUUUUACAUCGAACGUUGACAGCCAGAUGGAGGAAUCUCCUGUCAAUCAAGGCGAAUCACGUGACUUCAUUCCAAACUCGACUUCUGAGAUGUCAUUGAUAUCAAUAGACUCCUCCGCCUACUCGAUGUCUGCCAGUUUUGGGUCUGACACUCAAGAUGAUAAACUACUUCCAGACCUCUCCGAGGCAGAACCAACCAAACGAGAAAAGUUGGAAAACUUUAUGAGUUCUCAAACUGACACGGUGCUUACGAAAUCUGUCGAUGAUAUAUCUGUCCCAAACUCCAAUCGUCCUCGACCAAGCAAUCUUGGGCUAUUGAAAAGAAAUUCUGAUCUUCCUGGGAUGAUGUCACGACUUAAUUUCUUUGCCGUUAGCUCUAAAACAUCUGAAUCAAAAGAUUCGAACAAGCAGCCAGCUGAACCAACCUCAGGGACCAAAAAACGUCCGGGAAUCUCAGAUGCUCUGCGUGAAAUGCACGUGGUUUAUGAUCCUUUGAUUGCGAAUGCUGAUAGGAUAGUGACAGGUAGCCAAACCUCCAUUAAAGAAGAGGMGCAAUCGUCAGGUGUUGUCAAGGAAACGCCCAUUCCUGACACCCCCCUGGAAGAUAAGGAGCUCCAGGAAAAUGAAAAAGAAACGAAUGAUGAGAAAGAAUGGUAUAUGACAGAACAGGACGAGAUAAUCGAACCGAAUACUGAGAACAAUAUAUUAGAAUAUCAACCACCUUCCAUUGAGAUGCAAGAUGAUUUAAGUCAAGAGUUAGAAUCAAUUCCAGCCUUCUCGGCUUCGGCACCACAGGAGCAAGAAACAGCUGUUUCUGAAAAAAGCUUUGAAAACAAAGAUGAGAUAGACGCUGCGCCGAAGAGCUCACAACCUGUGGCAAGAAAACGGCUAUAUAAGGCAGUUGAUGCUGAUGGAAAAGCUGUAGAAAAGACACGAAACCAGCCUACUCGCGUGUCGGUAAAAGAUCGUCUCAAGCAAUACGAAUCUCCAGAGAGAGCUGACGGCGCUCGAAAAACUCCGUCACCUCCCUUGGCAAACAUUAAUAUCUCCUCUCGAAAACAAAUAUUUGAAAACAAUGAAAAAGGAACAUCUAGGAGAUCUCGAGAACAGAAAACCGUUUCUUCUCUCGAGAGCUACGCUUUUGAAAAAACAGAAACUCACAAACCAAAGGAGCCAACGGCCUUUAAGAGUCGAAAAGUUGAUAUUCCGUUUGAAAAUACAGACUUACAGACCGAAAAACCCCAAGAACAAGACCGUAAGAAAAUGCACCUAACAUCGACAAACUCAUACCCUUUACGAACAUCUCCGAAAGAAUCCCGACGUUCUCCUCGACUGCAAUUUCCCGAUGAGUCAACGAAAGAAGACCGAGAACCCCAAUUCGUUUAGAAAAUAAUCUUAUAAUGUAUAUGAUUGAUUUGAAUAUAAUUUCUCAAUUUUAAAAUUAUGAUUGACCAAAUAAGAUUUAAAUAAGACAUACUUAUAAAUAAUGAACUUUGUAUUAAUGAAAAAAAUCACGAAUAAUCUCAUGAGAAAUAUCCCAACUGGCCGAGAGGGACUGAGAAUAAGACAUUUAAGUAAUGCUCCUAAUAAGAACGAUAGCGCUUUCUAUUGUUCUGCGGCAUAUCGCUUGCCCCACAUCAGAAUUUUGAGAUUUUCUACUGGGGAUGUAUCAACCUAUGGAGAGAUGUUUGUGAAAAAAUAUGAACUAAAAGUCGCUUCUUAAGAGGUUUACUUUUGAGUUUGAGGUUUUCAACCAAUCACAACACCCAAAAACAAUAGAAAGAAAAAGCCUCAAAUUUGUCAUUUUCCCCACAUAGAAUUUCUGUCGUAUUGAAGUACAGAAGAUUUAUCACUAAAAGGGAGUUUGUUAGUAGUUAAAUAUCACAAAAAAUAUACUUCUCCAUUUUUCGUGUUUCGACCAAUAAGAAGAUUGGUUUAAACAAUACUACAAUUAUCACCUUUCUACAUUCCAUGCCGUUGAGUGCUAUCGUUCUUAUAUGCAUUGUUACUUAAAACACACCCUACGCUAUGUUUGGAUCAUAAAAUUGGUAUUGUACAAAUAUUUUAGAUAACAAAAAAUCAGCAUUAGCAAGAAAAUCAUAAGAUAAAUAUCUUAGCCUUUUAUACAGAUUUUUUAUAAAGAAUAAUUUUUAAAAUUUCGUGUAAAAUUUUCAAUCGUUUUUAGAUUCAAAUGUAGGCUGGUCCUGACACUUAAUUUGUACUACUCAUUUUCAAUCCAUAAACACCUCACUGUACUCAUAGUAUAUAUUAGAAAAAUGCUGACAGAUUGUAUUAAAAUAAACUCUUAAAUAUUUGUUUA